UAUCCGAUUAUAAAAAGCCAAGUCUCGACACAUUUCACCUCACAUAUUCAACAAUCUAGCUUGUGUUCGGCGAUCCUUUGUAUACAACAAUCGACGUUCAUUCUACCAAAAAAGCAAAUGGCUUCACGACAAGAUCCUCGGGCAAGAGAUGAUGUUAGAGCAAAGGAACUAAGAGCGGAGGAGGCCGCCAGAACAGCGGCUGACGAGCUACACGACAUCAACAAACAAAGAGAUGAAAACCGCAGCGGCACCGGUAUCAUCGGCACCAUAUUCCAGUCGGUUACCGGCACACUCGGCAGCGCCAAAGAUGCUGUCAUCGGCAGAACCCACGAAGCUACCGACAAGGCGACCAUAGUCGCCACAGAAACCGCCGAACGAGAGAGACAAAACAAACAAGACGCAACCCGAAAAGCUGGAGAAUACAAGGAUUACACUUCACAGAAGGCCGGUGAAGCUGCGGAUAAAACGGCCCGGAAAGCCGGGGAAUACAAGGAUUACACUGCUCAAAAGGCGGGUGAAGCCGCAGAUAAGACUGGAGAGUACAAGGAUUACACCGCACAAAAAGCGAAGGAAACUGCGGAUACGGCCGCCCAAAAGACGAAAGAAGCCAAGGACACGGCAAUGGGAAAAAUGGGCGAGUACAAAGACUACGCGAAAGAAACCGCUAGAGAAGCCAAAGAUUACACCGCUGACAAGGCGAAAGAAGCCAAAGAUUACACCGCUGAUAAGGCGAAAGAAACCAAAGAUUACACUGUGGACAAGUCGGCACAAGGGAAGGAUAGUGCUGUUGGUAAACUAAGUGAACUCAAGGAUAAAGCCGUGCACUUGUUUACCGGCAAGAAAAACGGAACUAGCGAAUCGGGUGAUUUUGUUAAGACCGAGACGGAGGAAGAAGCAAGAAGGAAGUUGGAGACGAUGCAUUUGAAAGAUCAAGGGUAUGACGCUAAAGGCACUGGGAUGGACGCUGCAAGUGCAACAGUGGCCAAGGUGGAUCCGUUGAGAGCGACGGCGGAGACGUUCAGGAAAGCGGAUCAGAUGAGCGGGCAGGCGUUCAAUGACGUUGGAGUCAUGGAUGAAGAUGAUGAUGCCAAAGGGGUCCGAGGUCAAGGUCAAGGUGGUGUGUACCGUGUGCAACUGAAGAAGCAUGAGAAGAAGUGAAGAUUGGUGCGUAUAGGGGUUGGUUUUUGUUUUGGGUGAAGAAAUUGAAAUGUCUUGGGUUGAUGUAUGUGCCUGUAAGUUUUUAGUUUCCAUGUUCGUUAACUAGAUGCAUGUAUCUUGUUGUUUAAAUACAAUACUAAAUGUUGUUCGGAACUC